AUGGUGGAAACAAAGGAACUUACACAAUCAAUGAACUCUGCAAAGGGAGUGUCAUAUGAUGGAAAGGUGUAUAAGAAGAAUGGAAAGACAAUAGUGUACCAAGCCAAUCAUUAUAGACAUACUUCAUUGUCAAGACCACGUAGUUUACCACCUAUUUCAUCUGGUGCUGCAGGCACUGGCGCAACAACAUCCACCACUUCAACCUCAUCCACUUCAUCCACAAGCCAUACCAGACCAUAUCGAGCGCAAAAGUCAAUCACCAACACAUCCAUGGGCAACACGCCACAACACAAUGGAUCACAAGCUGGACAUUCAUCUUCCGAGACCUCACCCAACAGUAAGUCAAAGAUCAAGAGAAUGUCGGUCACAGUGUCCGUGUCCACUCAGAAGUACCUUGAGAAACUACGUCACAAGGAGUCCAACCUAGACACCAACGAUAUCGUCGAUCACAAGCAGUUCCUUCACCUACUCAAGAAGGAUUUUAGAAGUGUUGAGAAGACUGGAAAGCCAAUCAUCGAUGCAUCUUUAAAGGAGAUGUCUGGUAUGUUGUUUGGAGAGAUGGUCAAGGAAUUUGGUGAAGGUGCUUUAAAGACAACUGUUGAGGGCAAGGCCCUCAGGGAGUUGGGCGAACAGAUUAUGGGAUUCGAGGAGAAUAGACUCGAAGAGGUCACCAAUGGAUAUGGAGGCUUCGUUGAACCAUUGUAUCAAUUCUUCCGUGAGGAUCUCAAGAAGACCAGAGAGUUGAAAAGGAAACAAAAUGUAUUGAGGAUUAGGUAUGAACAGUCACAGAGCACCUUGCAUGAGACAAGGAAGAAGAAUGAUCCAAUGUCAUCAAAGACUGUUGGCGCAAAGAAGGAGGAGGAGGAGAGCAAGUUGAACUACUCGACAAUGUCCAAGGAGUUUGCAGAGUCUAUGAAGUCAAACAAGACUAGACUGCAGAGUGAUCUGCGUAGGAUGAUCAAGGAGUACGCUGGUAUGCAGGCGGACUAUUACCGCGAGGCAAUGGAGAGCUGGGAGGACUUUUGCGAGGCGAUGGAGUCGAUGAUUCCAGAGGGUGACGACGAUGACGCCCAUGAACAUCGCAUGCCAACUGGCAAAUCAUCAUUGGCCAAGAAGAAGAAGAAUGACGAUGACUCUGAUGAAGACGAUGACGAUGACAAUGACGACCAUUUAUUGGAUUCCGAUGAUGAU